AUCCGCCCACUGCUGAGGUGCCCUAUUCACUUUUGUCCAGCCACAUAAGCUUCCAACUUCCCCUCCUCGCCUACACCAAAAUCAGCCGUCUCGCCCUAUAUCACUUUACACUCAAAGAAACCCCCAUACAAUGUCGAAAGACUACUACGAGUACGAAGAGUACUCUCGUCGCCGACGCGACUUUUCUCCCGACAACUACUCCGGUGGUGCUCCGGGCUCUCAGCAACAAGGCGCUCCUCCUUAUGCCUCAACCUCCCGUCUCGAUGACCCUUACUAUAGCGGCAUGCCUCCUCCCCCGCGGGAGCGCAUGACCCUCGAGCCUCCCGAGUCACAGAACCGCCCACGAUCUGUCCCACCAAACACUGCCAUGGUCCGACGCAGCCGCUCUCGUUCCCGUCCUCCCUCCGAUGACGAAGAUUAUGAUGACAGACGGAGCUCGCGAAACCGCUCACAAAGUCCCGUUACCCGCGCUAAGAACGUCGUUGAUGAGAAUUUCUCUCAUUCCGCCGGUGGCAUUGGCGCCGGUAUUUUAGGCGCUGUCGUUGGCGGUCUUGUAGCUCGCGAGGCGACUGAAGCAGCAACACGCCGCAAGCACAAGACCCGAGGGUACGAAGACGAGAAUGAGGAUCGCACUCGUCUCGUUUCCACCAUUCUCGGCGCUGUGGCUGGCGGCCUAGGAGCCAAUGCUCUCGCCAAUCGAGUCGAGGAUUCAAGGGAGCGAGACCGACGACGCCAACUCGACUGGGAGCGUGAGCGUAGCUACGUGCGCGAGCAGGAGAUGCCCCGAUACGAGCAACGGAGAUCCAGUGAUCGUGAUAGGGAGAACGACCGCCGUGAUCGUGACCGUGACCGGUAUGAUCGCGGCAGGGCACUACCGCAAAACGAUGAUGAUGAUUAUGACUUUGUCUACGAUGAUCCGCGAUACGAAGAUCGAGAACCUAGGCGACGUAGAAGCGAGGACAACUAUCGCUACCGCCAAUAGCCCACCUGUCUUUUGACCUGUGGACAACCUAUUGCUAUUUCAUUACGACUUCUCACGACUGUGUUUCCCUUGUUUUCUUCUUCUCUUGGUUUAC